AUGUCGGAGGAACAUGCGAAUGAUAGUACCUUGCGUGUGAAGGUUGCAACAAUUAAUGACAAGGGUGAAGAGGUUUACGCAUCUUCUCUUUCCCAUGACGGUACGUAUCUUGCCGCUGUGUUUGGAGAUGGUGCCCUUGUCAUAUUUAAUCCUUCAACAUUUAGUGCAUUGGAUAGCAGUGCAGCAGGUAAAGGAUAUGAUAACGUGCCAUGCACAGCUGUGCAAUGGCUUGAAUCAUCUGAAGGGGGACUUUACCGCUUGGUUUCGGUUUCAAGUGCGGGGGGAGUUUUUAUUUGGCAAUGGGAUGGUGCAGCGCUUCAUCGAACCAACAGAGUGCCUGAGAAGGGAAAUGAAAUAACAUGUUUAGCGGUUUCUCCCGAGUGUGAUAUGUUCAUUACGGCUGGAAGUGACCGCACUGUCCGUCUUUACGAUGCGGAUGGUACACUAAAAGCCAACCUUCAAAUGGCACAUGAUGAGAGCGGUGUGAGUCGCUUAGCCCACACAAGUCGUAUUUUCUCCGUACGUUUCGUCUCUCAAGGCGUUGCAGUUAGUGGUGGUUGGGGUGGACCACUGCAAGUGUGGGAUUUAAAGGCGAAUGAAGCACGUGUGGAAAUCAGAGGUGCUCAGGUGAGUUCCGAUGGUAUUGAGUUAAUUACCGGUACCAAUUGUGUACUCGUCGCCUCCCGUCGCCAAAAAGAACAACUGCAGGUUUUUGAUUGCGUUUCAGGUCAGGAACUGGCGGACGACUCGGCCCGCCUUUCCAUGGCGUUAGGGGAGUUGAUUCCGCUCAGUUCACGCCUCUGUAAAACAUCGGGUCUGGUUUGGACCAUUACGUCAUCACCGAGCAAAGUCCUCGUGACAUCGUACUCAACCGGUCAGCUAAUUGCUUCGUACGAUUCGGCGUAUGAUCUUAUGAAUAUUAGCAUAUUCGAGGGUUUACCUAAUAAUGCGUAUAUUUCUUGUGCUGAGGGGAAACUUCUUUUCGCUACGGUAAAGCAGUGA